CCAGCGUUUAUCGGUGCAACUGUCGCCCCCCACAGAAGAUCACUGAAGGCCAAGCUACACACCAUCAGCAAUCCUGAAGGAAGAGACCUAAUGCCCCUCCUCAACAAACCAAUUAUGAUUAUCGCAUUGGAUACAAAACACCAAAUGCUAAAUAACAUUGUGAGAGGAGAAAACCAGUUGACGUAAUAGAGGAAACUUCUCUGGAACGACACAGAGAUUCCAGGAAUAAAACAUGACUGGUCUUCUGCCAUGGUUUGGAGUUACAGUUCGCUACUUCACGUCAGUGGAAUGGAGCUUGCCUUAACCUGCAAUUGAAUUCGACGCCUGUUAUAGUGCUUACUCGCUAAAUUUAUAAUAUGUUCACAGAAGUAAUGACUCAUUGAAUAUGAAAAUCGCCCCUUCCGCCGUUAACGACCACCAUUUUCCGGAACUAAAAGAAGGGGGAUAAGAGUGUACGUCAUUCGAUUUUCAUAUCUGGACCUUUUGCCCUUGAUUAUUAAUUAUCUCUUCUGUUUUAACACUUACUUCGCUUUUACACUGCUUGCUGCUUUUAGCCCCUUAAACUACAGCAUUGUGUUUUUGUUGUCGUGUUGCAAUUGUUUUUGAAAAAGGAAAGAAAGAAAAGUUACUGUUACAUUCCUUUUUGCCAAGAUGACCAGUUUUAAUUUGAUCGCUGCCCGUAAAAACCGGUCAACACGGUUAAAUAUUACCUUUUUUGCCCAAGCAGGGAUCCCAGUGUCGCAAAUCCUAAAAAUCGUCAAAAAGGUUUGGUUGAAUGCUAAGUUCACUUUCGAAGUUCGAGAGAUGUUCCGACAUCUUGGCGAACGAACUAUCGCGACCCAUGCGCCCAUAGCCAAGAGUGAAGACUUCAGUUUUAUUGUCAAUGAUCACAUAACAGGUUAUUUAACAAUUAUUCCUCGAGCCCGAAUGGGCUCUGAGUCAAUAGCCCAUGAGGCCGAAGGCCGAAUGAGCUAUUGACUCAGAGGCCAUGAGGGCGACAGGAAUAAUUGUUUUAGUAAAAUCCAACUAGUUGUUCAAAAAUAUCGAGAAUAAAAACAUUUAGCUAGUUAAAGCUAGACUUUAAUCCUUUUUUUGCCGCCAAAAAGCCCGCGCUUUUCGCUACUAGUGGGCUAUAACAUAUAGCCUAGUAGUGGCUCAACCAAUCAGAACGCAGCAUUGAUAAUAGACCACUAGUUUUUUUACUAAAAAGAAAAUUUCGUAUCAUGACAUGAUUUCGCUGAUACAAAUUGUACCUCCGGUAACAAUGACAACUCUCUUCAAAAAAAUAGCACUGAUAUUCGGGAGUGGGUGUUAACAAGUGAGCGCUGAUUGUAUUUGACGAGAAACUGAAAAAAAAAAAAAGUGCCUCAUAGUACUCUCUUUACCUCAGAUGUGAUGUAUAACUGAAAAGUACAAAAGGCUGCUUUACACACCACCAGAUUUGUUGGCAAGAUUUCGAAAGUAAACUUGCUGAACUUAUCAAACGCGCAAAAAAUUCUGCCCGAUUUUUGAUUUUGGCCUCCCUUUUAGAUAAAGCUGAAGGCAACCUAUAAAUUACAACGUGUAAAUUGGCUGCCACCGAGGACUAUCGUGUCUUCCCAUUAUAACCGGCCUUUUUAGCAUAAAAUUAAAUUUCGGUGCUGUCCAAUUAACCUUAUAAAAUAAAGGUGGUGUAGGUAGGUGACUGGGUUAUUUUAUUUGGGAAGAAUUUGUUUUCCAGGCCUAAUCUAGAUCUAUUGUGAUCAAGAGCCAUUAUGGCUCUUGAAUGUGAUCGAAGAUGAUUGCUAUUUUUUGGGUGUACACGAAAGACUAUUAACUCGAUGUAAGAUUUGUUUCACUCUUGGACUGUUUGCAAACUAUAUUCCCUCAAUAUUAGAUUAUUAGCACAUGGAAAAACACAAAUGAUGUAAUUGCUGACGCACUCGUCCUAACCGGACCAAAACAUAAAAGCAAAGCAGUAAAUUAACGCCGUAGUUGAACCCAAAACUAGUGCAUGGAAAACCAUCAAAAAUGCAAUGUUAAUUCUAUAAAAUGUAGAAUAAGUCAAUAAUGAGGAAGUGGAUUCGUUGCCUCAAAUUCGAAGUUUGUGCAUUAAAUGUCUUCGCCAGAGCAGAUAAUUAAAAACAUUGAUAGAUAGAUAGAUAGAUAGAUAGAUAGAUAGAUAGAUAGAUAGAUAGAUAGAUAGAUAGAUAGAUAGAUAGAUAGAUAGAUAGAUAGAUAGAUAGAUAGAUAGAUAGAUAGAUAGAUCAUUCAAAACGCCACCGAGUAACUGACUUGACAUCUUUUUGAACUUGUAUUUUGCUCACCAAUUUAACCGUUACGCAAUUGAGUUAGAAUCAAGAGCCUAAUAGGCUCCUGGUUAGAUCUAAAAGAGGGGACCGCGUUGGAGCUACCGUCUUGCUGUUUACGUUCUCUUGAAAACUAAAACUUUGGUCAUUUCACUUCGCAGUUGACGGAGAACAGCAAAGAAACUUACAGAAAAGCGUAAACGUGACUAAGGCCUCCCGUCGACGCCUUCGCAGUUUCGUAAGGUCCCUAAUAACAGGCCUGCAGUCACGCCAAAGUAUACACAUGCAAUGAUGGACAGACAACCUGAGCGGGAUGGGGAAAGUACCCUCUAAUCUGGUUUAUAUGGGUAGGAUCGGCCUGGAAAAGUUACCUUUUCCCCAGCCUUAAAAAAUAGUACCAUUUUUGUAAUGCGUACCGUCUUUUCUGUCAAAAUAUUAAUAAUGGUAUAUGAAAGGUUAAGAGGUUGGACCACAGGGUAGAGCCUGCAGAAGUGGAGUACAAAAUGUACCCUAUGAACUGCAGUGACUCGUUGGGGAGUUUGUUUCAUUAGUGUUUUAUUGCAGUAUUUUUAUUGAUUUAAUAUAAAAUUAUCUCUAUUGCAAAUUUGUUAUACGAAAUUAGCCUGCAAAGCAGUAGGUGUAUUUUGCAAGGCGAACGAUGAUAUUUUAGGGGCUAAUGCCUCCGCCAUUUUGGACGUUGACACUGACAUUACAGAGAGUUGGUGCGAGUCAAAAAUGAUAUCCAAGAAAGGGACAGGUUGACUUUGCCUUCAAGGUGGUGGCCACGAUAUCUGCGCUUUCGUUAAAAGAAGCCUUUAACGAACGUACAUGAAGUAAAAAAUAAACGGGGAAAAACAAACAAAAAAACAAGGUGUAAAAAGCGUUACGGUACUUAACAGCCUACGUGUAGCCCCCUCCAAAAAUCAGUCUGACCCGAAAUAACUUUUCACUCUAUUUUUCACAUGACAAUUCCGGAACAAAAACUGAUUGUUUUUAAUCGCUUGCAGGACGCACAAACGCGUCCAACUUUAAUUUAGUUUCCGGACAGAGCUAAAUAAAGAAAAAAAAUCCAGUUACCUCCAUUACACAGCUACAGGAAAUUUAUCGCUAUCGAACUGUACGAUCAGCCGGUUCAGAUUAGAGAAAAGAAGUCAUCUUUAAAUUUCCAGAAAUCACGUCUAAGAAAACUGGCUAUAAAUCAGUUAAAGAAAAAAAUCAAGGGCACCCAACGUCAAUUUUCGGAAAAUAUCUGUUCGGAAGACGAUUUGAGAUCUAGAAUUUUCGGAACAUUUUGUCUGGUAAAAUUUCUUGCUUGCCUGCCUCUCCUAGGAUUUUCAAACAUCUAAAAAUGGUAAAAUUGCCCAUUUUUAACAGAUUUUUACCCUAAAAAGGUCACCUAGAAUUUUCGGGAGCCUUUUUUUCUGGCUGAUAUUUUCGAAAACAUCUGGAGUUCACUUUUUCUAUAAAAGCUCUUUCUUUUUCACUCGAGAACUAGCAUACGAGCGCAUAAACAUAUAUUCUAAUACUUGAAAUGGUUAUACUGCUGAAAAUCAAGAGGAGAGACUUUUUUUUCAAAGAGACAGCACUGCUAUUUGUCAGACAUAGUGUGUGGUUUCUGUUUCUGUUAAACAAUUUCCCUCGGCAGAGUUUGGAAUAUGCAAAAUACAGCCGCAUAUAGCUGAUAAGAACCGCGGAAGAGUUGAGCUAUCGAACUAUUUAACCUUAUUUUUUGCAGCUAAAUGUAUUUGGUACUUGAUUAGUGACAUUAUUCUAAAAGCUCUCGUAAGCGACCGCCAUCAAUAUUAAUCAGCUAAUCAAAUGUUUUUGCCGUUAAUUACUUAUUAUUCUAUGCUGACUAAACCUGUACGUAACUCAGUGAUCUAGAAUUAAAACGUUCCCGCAAAAGGUUUAAAUAAACAGAAAAUAUAAAUAUCUGAAGGUUAAUUGAGGUAACUUGAAACUCCGGGUUAAAAGAAGCGCAUUCUGAGUACAGACAGAAACCGAGUUCCGUAAAAGCAGGUGUGAAGGAGAAUUUUAGCAAGAUGGUAGAAAAAUAUCUUUUUGCAAAUAAUAAUGGAUAUGUGUACACGGGAAAAGAAAUCCUUCAGCAAUAUGAAUUUCAACUAGAUUUAGAAAGAAAACCGUUUUUGGAUUUUGUGUUUGAUUGGAAAACCAAAAAAAUCUUGUUCGGCCCGGUUUUUCCCACCCGCAAGCAACUGUUUUAAACAUAUUUUAAGACAGUUAUACCAUGUCUAACCUUUUGAAAUGGCAAUAGAGAAGAACAAAUUACCUUCUUCACCGCUUUGCUGUAUUCGCCAGCAGGGUCAGGAUCAAGGAAGACUUUGGCAGAACCAGUUCUUUGUUUCACGUCAGUGGAAAAGAACUCAGCCCAUCUAAGCUUGCGAUCAAAUUUGACGCCUGUUCUCCAGGAGUGAGAUUGAGAAGUGAUCCAUCUGCUAAAUCCUUACAUUUAUAA